GCGCGAGCUCCCUCGGCCACCCCCAGAGCUCGACCCCUUAUGGUCAAAGAACUCGAGCCGCGCUACGCCGUGAGGACUGGCCGGGUAGAGCACGGCCCAGGUCUUCCUCCACCUCUAGGGAGAGAGUGAGAGGGCUGGAGAGACCAGAACCCCGAGACUAGAGACGCUUCCUGGGAGCGUACAAAGCAACUUCGCGGGACAGUCACAGGCUCUCCAACUGCCCGCGCCGCGCUCCAGCCUGCUGCCCACCUCUCCCUGUUUCUGGGCUCUCUCACCCACUACUAGCCCGGAUAAGAAGUCCUAGGACUGAUCUCCAGGACCAGCACUCUUCUCCCAGCCCUUAGGGUCCUGCUCGGCCAAGGCCUUCCCUACCAUGCGACCUGUCAGUGUCUGUCAGUGGAGCCCCUGGGGGCUGCUCCUGUGCCUGCUGUGCAGCUCGUGCUUGGGGUCUCCGUCCCCUUCCACGGACCCUGAGAAGAGGGCCGGGAGCCAGGGGCUGCGGUUCCGGCUGGCUGGCUUCCCCAGGAAGCCCUACGAGGGCCGCGUGGAGAUACAGCGAGCUGGUGAAUGGGGCACCAUCUGCGAUGAUGACUUCACGCUGCAGGCUGCCCAUGUCCUCUGCCGGGAGCUGGGCUUCACAGAGGCUACAGGCUGGACCCACAGUGCCAAAUAUGGCCCUGGAACCGGCCGCAUCUGGCUGGACAACCUGAGCUGCAGUGGGACCGAGCAGAGUGUGACUGAAUGUGCCUCCCGGGGCUGGGGGAACAGUGACUGUACGCACGAUGAGGAUGCUGGGGUCAUCUGCAAGGACCAGCGCCUCCCUGGCUUCUCAGACUCCAAUGUCAUUGAGGUAGAGCAUCACCUGCAAGUGGAGGAGGUGCGAAUUCGACCCGCCGUUGGGUGGGGCAGACGACCCCUGCCCGUGACGGAGGGGCUGGUGGAAGUCAGGCUUCCUGACGGCUGGUCGCAAGUGUGCGACAAAGGCUGGAGCGCCCACAACAGCCACGUGGUCUGCGGGAUGCUGGGCUUCCCCAGCGAAAAGAGGGUCAACGCGGCCUUCUACAGGCUGCUGGCCCAGCGGCAGCAACACUCCUUUGGUCUGCAUGGGGUGGCGUGCGUGGGCACGGAGGCCCACCUCUCCCUCUGUUCCCUGGAGUUCUAUCGUGCCAAUGACACCGCCAGGUGCCCUGGGGGGGGCCCUGCGGUGGUGAGCUGUGUGCCAGGCCCUCUCUACGCAGCGUCCAGUGGCCAGAAGAAGCAACAACAGUCGAAGCCUCAGGGGGAGGCCCGUGUCCGUCUAAAGGGCGGCGCCCACCCUGGAGAGGGCCGGGUAGAAGUCCUGAAGGCCAGCACAUGGGGCACAGUCUGUGACCGCAAGUGGGACCUGCAUGCAGCCAGCGUGGUGUGUCGGGAGCUGGGCUUUGGGAGUGCUCGAGAAGCUCUGAGUGGCGCUCGCAUGGGGCAGGGCAUGGGUGCUAUCCACCUGAGUGAAGUUCGCUGCUCUGGACAGGAGCUCUCCCUCUGGAAGUGCCCCCACAAGAACAUCACAGCUGAGGAUUGUUCGCAUAGCCAGGAUGCCGGGGUCCGGUGCAACCUACCUUACACUGGGGCGGAGACCAGGAUCCGACUCAGUGGGGGCCGCAGCCAACAUGAGGGGCGAGUCGAGGUGCAAAUAGGGGGACCUGGGCCCCUUCGCUGGGGCCUCAUCUGUGGGGAUGACUGGGGGACCCUGGAGGCCAUGGUGGCCUGUAGGCAACUAGGUCUGGGCUACGCCAACCACGGCCUGCAGGAGACCUGGUACUGGGACUCUGGGAAUAUAACAGAAGUGGUGAUGAGUGGAGUGCGCUGCACGGGGACUGAGCUGUCCCUGGAUCAGUGUGCCCAUCAUGGCACCCACACUACCUGCAAGAGGACAGGGACCCGCUUCACUGCUGGAGUCAUCUGUUCUGAGACUGCAUCGGAUCUGCUGCUGCACUCAGCAUUGGUGCAGGAAACCGCCUAUAUUGAAGACCGGCCCCUGCAUAUGUUGUACUGUGCUGCGGAAGAGAACUGCCUGGCCAGCUCAGCCCGCUCAGCCAACUGGCCCUAUGGUCACCGGCGUCUACUCCGAUUCUCCUCCCAGAUCCACAACCUGGGACGAGCUGACUUCAGGCCCAAGGCUGGGCGCCACUCCUGGGUGUGGCACGAGUGCCAUGGGCAUUACCACAGCAUGGACAUCUUCACUCACUAUGAUAUCCUCACCCCAAAUGGCACCAAGGUAGCUGAGGGCCACAAAGCUAGUUUCUGUCUCGAAGACACUGAGUGUCAGGAGGAUGUCUCCAAGAGAUAUGAGUGUGCCAACUUUGGAGAGCAAGGCAUCACUGUGGGUUGCUGGGAUCUCUACCGGCAUGACAUUGACUGUCAGUGGAUUGAUAUCACAGAUGUGAAGCCAGGAAACUACAUUCUCCAGGUUGUCAUCAACCCAAAUUUUGAAGUAGCAGAGAGUGACUUUACCAACAAUGCAAUGAAAUGUAACUGCAAAUAUGAUGGACAUCGAAUCUGGGUGCACAACUGCCACAUUGGUGAUGCCUUCAGUGAAGAGGCCAACAGGAGGUUUGAACGCUACCCUGGCCAGACCAGCAACCAGAUUAUCUAAGUGUCAUCGCCCUCUGCAAACCACCACUGGCCCCUAAUGGCAGGGGUCUGAGGCUGCCAUUACCUCAGGAGCUUACCAAGAAACCCAUGUCAGCAACCGCACUCAUCAGACCAUGUACUAUGGAUGUGGAACUGUCAAGCAGAAGUUCUCACCCUCCUUCAGAGGCCAGCUGUCAGUACCUGUAGCCAAGUAUGGGAAUCUUUCCUCCCAGGCCCAGCACCGAGCAGAAGAGAACAGAGCCCACCACACCACAAAGAGCAGCACCUGACUAACUGCCCACAACAAAAGAUGGCAGCAGCUCAUUUUCUUUAAUAGGAGGUCAGGAUGGUCAGCUCCAGUAUCUCCCCUAACCUUAGGGGGAUACAGCUUUACCUCUAGCCUUUUGGUGGGGGAAAAGAUCCAGCCCUCCCACCUCAUUUUUGACUAUAAUAUGUUGCUAGGUAUAAUUUUAUUUUAUAUAAAAAGUGUUUCUGUGA